GCACAUACAUAAUUACAAAAAAAGCACCAAUAUACAAAUAUAUAUUUUGAGUUCAACUCCAAGCCAUAUCACAAUGGCAGAUAACCCAACCGAGGAGGCACCUCCAGCCGCUCCUGCUGAAGAGGUUGCAGCCCCUGCUGAAGUAGUUGCAGCUCCUGCUGAAAAGGUUACAGCUCCUGCUGAAGAGGUUGCAGCUCCUGCUGAAGGGGUUGCAGCACCAGAAGAAGCCCCUUUGCCAGGGGCAGUAUUCACAGAGGAGAUAGCCGAAGGUCAGGUGGAAACCGAAAUACUUAAGAGCGCUGAGGAACAGCUCCUAGCCGAUGGAGAGGAGCAGACAGUGGAGGUGGGCGAAGAUGGUGAAGUAAAGCCAAAGGAUGAUACUCAUCAGGCUGAAAAAAAAGCCAAGGGUCCCGUGACCGCUGCCGAGCGCAAACGCAUAAAGCUCGAGAAAAUUAAGAAAAUGCUUGACUUGGAAAAGGCGGCAAUGAGAGCUGCCCUGAAGGCUGCUGAGGAAGAGGCACAGGGUCACGUGAAAAAAAAGAAGGUUAGGGAAGAUGGGGAAGAAGGUUCCCACGAAAGCGAUAACUUAAUGGAAUUCGAGGACGGCGAGCAGUCUUCUGACGGGUUCGAAGAUAUUAAGGCCGUACUCAACGAGCUUGAUAAUAUAGAACCGACAGUAUCGGGAGAAGGCGAAGAUGAAGGCGAGUAUAAGGAGUCGGUUAGCAGCGAGGAUACGCCCCGGCCCCGUCUGGUGCAAUCGAUUAAGGGUACGUUUCUCCGUGAGUUCGAGAGCUUACCAAGCAUUUCGGACAUAUCCCUUGACUUAUCAUUUGACGGGACCGCGGCUGAAGCCAAUGACCAGCAGAAAAUCAUUGACGAGAACGAAGAGGGACACUUUUUUGAUGGAGAUGGAGAAGUGGGUGGCGAGGAAGAGUCCGAGGGUUCAGCAUCCGACCAAAAUAUUCAAAAUGCCGCGGACGCCAUAGCUGGUGUCGAGGAGGAAAGCCAGUCGGAGGAUUUAUUGAUAGACGACCUGCCGGAUGAAGUGGAGGCUGCCGAGAAGCGCGUUGUCAUUAAAGAAGAUGAUGAGGACACAAUGGCCAUGUUCACGGAUGCACUUGAGAUUAUUCCUCCGGACGAUACGGAAGAGCCUCGGGCUGUCGAAGUGCCCUUCUAUCAUAAACUUGCCGCUGAAAUAACGGAAAAUCUCAUCUCUACAGUAGUGGAAAAAUGGGAGAGGGCUGCAUACUCGGAACACAGCUUGGACAAGAACAAGAUGAUUAAAAGACUAUCUGAUGAUGUGGACGAGUACUUGUUUGAGUACUACCAAUGCAGCCAGAUUAACAGCAUUGUCUGCGAGUACUACCGGCGCAACCACAAGAAGGCACCAUUCCUGGUGCUGCCGCUGGAGGAUGCCGCCAAGGAGCGCUUGCGCUUCCUUCAUGCCCUCAAUGUGGUCGAUAGCCUAAGGGAGCGGGUGAAGUUCAUGAAAAUCAAUUACAACACCAACACGCACAAGGCGAUGCUAGAGCUAACCUCACUGACUGUUCUCUCCUUCAACGAGGAGCAGCGGCUGGAGGGAUUGAUGCGUAAGACCCUUGUCCGCCGGGAUAUGGAGCGGUUAAAGCGGGUCCUGGACAGCGAACUGAGACGCAUGCAGGAUAUGCGCAACCAGAUCAGUGAGAAGCGCUACGAGCUCAAUUUGAACCUUCACAAUUUGGCCUUUGUGGACCAGAAAGUUGCGAAAUUCGAAAAAAUCACGGACACCUUAACCAUUUCUCAAAUGCUUUGCGCCAAUGAAUCUGUUAUACAUUUGGAAAAACAAUUAGAAGAAAAGUGCAAGGAUGUGUUGUUCAUGCAGGACAACUACAAAAAGUCCAAGAUCGAGGAGACCUGCAUCCGCGAAAAGUCGGAUAUGAUCUCCUAUUCGCUGUCGAAGGCCAAGUUAAAGUACGAUGAAAAGCUAUUAAGGCGUAAUAAACUGCGGGAAGAGCUCACUAACCUCCAGUGGGAGCACGCCCAGUUGAAGGCACAGCGCGCCCGGCUAGAGGUCAAAGGCGGCCUGCUCUUCAAGGUCUCUCUGAUGUACGACUACGACAAGUGUAUGGAGGAUGUCGUGGUGAGGCGUGAGAGUGUCAGGAAGUUAAAGGCUGUGGUCGCCGACCUGACCAAACGCAUUUUGACUUUGGAAAAUGAUAAACGCGCGUCUAGUAAGGCGGUUGACAUUUUCCGAUAGCUGCCUACAUUUAUAGUUUUGUAUUUUCCCUAUAAUUAAAAAAAUUAUAUAUUGGAUUGCA